AUGAAGAAGCUGGAGCUAGUGUUCCUUACAGUAACGCUGUGCAGUGUAGCAGCACAAGCUACAACAGACUUGUCUGGGAAAGUUUUCUCCUUUCCACAACAAGGAAGCACAGCUCACGUGCGAUUGGCCCCAUUGGUGUCUAAGAUCCUGUUCUCCACCACCGUCUGCCUGAGGUUCCGCACUGACAUAGAUAACUUUGUACUCUUCUCUAUGGACACACCCGCACAAACAAACAGUUAUGCAUUCUUUAGAAUAGAAGGCCAAGUUUAUCACUUCUGGGCUUCUGGCAGCAUGGAUGAUUUCUAUGGCUUACCAAACAACUUGAAUAAGUGGAAUUCUAUAUGUGCAACCUGGGAUGCAGGCACUGGUAUGGCUCAGUUGAUUAUCAAUGAGAUCCACAGUCUGAAGAAAACUAUUUCUCCUGGUGGAUCUAUUUCUGGGCCACCCAUUAUAAUUUUAGGUCAGGAUCAGGAUAGUUAUGGAGGAGGGUUUGAUGCAAGUCAGUCUUUCAUUGGACAAAUUAGAGAUGUGCACAUGUGGGACCAUGUAAUUUCUACAUGUGAAAUCAAGAGCUACAUGCAGGGUUUCGUGCACAGGCCUGGUAAUUACCUUAACUGGGCAAGGAUGGAUUUCUCUAUUCAUGAAUAUGCUGGUAGAGGAUUUUGAAACCUGCUAGCUUAACAUGACCAAUAGAAACAAAUUAAAAGUGUGAUCUUUUGCCAUACAAGCUUUUUAUAUGUUGCUGCUAUGAGGCUAACUGGGCUCUUUCAUUUUACCUGUGGCACAAACUUAGUAAUGUUCCCACAAGAUGUCUUGAAGUUUAAAAGAGUAUGUCAGUACAUAAGUUUUCAGAAAAGCCCUGAAUAUUACAUGAUCAAAUUUGAUUCCUACCUCCCUACAUUCUUAUUACCAUGGAAAGAGAUGAGGGUCAAAGAGUGUUCAGAGAACCUGAAUGUUACGUGAUGAAAUGUGUCUUUAGA